GUUGAUAAGACACUCCAAAGUUCAGUGGCACACCUGAGGAGCGCUAGAUGGACAGCCAGGUACAGACUCUGUCACUGCACGAAGAAUGACCCACCGAAUGACUAAAUGGGAUUUUUCUAAUUUGUGGAUAUGAGAUUUCUAGGAAAGGUCUGGUGGAAAUAAUGAAAGGACUGUGUUUCUGACCAUUGGAUCUUUAUUGGAAGCUUCUCAAUUGGAGAUAUUUUCACUUGGUUGGAUAUGUGUCCUCUGAGAGUUACCGUUUUCUUGCUCUGCUUUACAGGUUGCUGGGGUCAGAGCUGUAAUCGCACAAAGGCUUAUUUUGAGUCCAGGAAUUUCUUCAGCGUUCUCCAUUGGGAUCCCGUUGAUGUUCUGGGUCAAACGCUUCUUUACAGCAUCCAGUAUAACCUUUAUGGGAAACCGUAUGAACCAGUGAUGUGGUGUCAGAACAUCUCCACUCCUGUUUGUGACAUGACGGAUGUGAUGACCCAUGUGAUGAGCGACGUGACCUCUAAAUAUCAUGCCAAGGUCACGGCCGGUGGACAGUGCUUGGGAGAAGUGAUCUUCACUCCGUUUUGGGAAACCACAUUCGCAGCUCCGCAGUGGUCAGUAACAUCAAACCAAACCCAUCUGAACGUGACGGUUUCGCCGCCGAUGGCCGCUUGGAACCGCUCCAUCGAGAAUAUCGGCUUUUGGGGAAAAAGUUUCCCGAGAUCGUCCGUGAAGUACACAGUUCGUCUGACACAUCCCGAGUCACUGGCUGGAAAGGUGUUUGAGGACACGUCUCGCUCUGUGUUGAUUUGGCUUCAGGAGACAGACGUGCAGUACUGUGGGGAAGUGUUUUAUACGCUCACACACCCCGGUCUGUCCAGUCCCAGUGAAAACACUUCCUUCUGUGUGACGCUCUCAGCACCUAAGUCCUGGCUUCAUAUAUUAAUAUGGCCUGGUCUGCUUGCUCUGCUGCUGCUGAUCUUCCUACCCAUCAUGCUUUGCCAGCUGUCAGUAAACAGAAAGAGCUCCUUACCGAAAGUGCUGAUCCUGGAAAAGAACAGCGUUCCUGCGUUAUGUUCAUAUCCCAGAGAAGACAUCUUUAAACUGGAAGUGUGGUCCGGAUUUGAUAAAAAGCUUGAACCACUGUCUAUUUUUCCUCCGCCGGCGUCAGGGAUCAAGGUUAAAGAUGAUUAUGCAUCCCAGGAUUGGACACGCGAUCAACCAGACGUCCCAAUCCAGAACAGUUCAGAGUCUUCUGUGCAUUACAGCAUGAUUGUGCCUCUCCAGAUCUCCAUCGAACCAUCAUCUGAUGCCACAACGGAUGAAACCCACUCGGAUUCAUUUGGUCCAGAGUUGAUUUCGAGCUUUUUAAUAGGCCAUCCAAACACUGAAAACAGCAGUGGGCCACUGGUGGUACCGGUUAGACCCACUAAAAAUGGUGCACUGCAGUUCCACAAUUGUUUAUUCCAGUGUGACAGUGGUCAAAACUCUCCAGAAGCUUCCCAGGACUCAGAAGGUUUAUCUGGAGAACAGACUCCUUUACUAUCUGACCUAGUUCAGAAGGACUCCAGGUGUAGCUCUUCCUACAGGCCUGUACACGUUUCUGACGCUGUGACGUCAAACUACAGGCAAAACUGGCUGCCAGGGAUUCCUCUGGAGGGACAACAAGACCAGAGGACUUAUGUUAGGAGGACAGACCACCUCCAGGACUCAACUGAACCGGAUGAGGACUUCAUAGAUGAAGAGGAACUUAGAGUUGGUGUGAUCUUUCUGGAGAAGUGGAUGGUGGAGACGCAGGGAUUGACUUUGCCUUGCAACUAAACGGUGGAGCUUCUUGCUCUUCUCAAUGCUCAUCUUAAUACAUCCAUGCAUGACAAAAAAAAUGUUUUUAGAUAUUCAUCUGUUGGGUUCAAUGCAUCAGGUAGUUGCAUAGGAAGUGGCGCAUGUUUGAGCCUUUCCGUAUGAAAUCAACCAAAUUCAGAAACCUCCCCAGCUAAAAUGCUUGAUUUUGGUCUUUUUUGUUUCUGAAAGAGAAACAUUAAUCGUGAUGAAAGCCAACAUAUUAUGUGCCAUAGAUUCGUUUUUACUGAUUAAUCCACUAUUUUGUCAAAAUGACCCUUCACCUGAGAUUUGGAGCCAUAUUAUAGGUGGGAAAAAUGACUUUAGAAAAAUGGCAGCUACGUCAUGUUAAUAUUACACAGAGAUUGCUAGGUCUUUUAGUAAAAUUCGUUGAUUUAAGCAAUCUUUGUUGCAUUAUGUGUCAAAGGUGACCAAUCAAAAAUGGGAAAAAUGCACUUUUUGUGAUUUUCUUUCAAAGUUGGCAUGCCUGAAACUCAAGAAAUGUUAAAGAUAUCUUAAUGUUAGUUUAGAUGUUGCUUGUUAAGAAAGGUUUAUUUUGUAAUCUUAAUUUUUAAGUCCCAGUAUGCUUCCGUUGAAGAGAUAUUUGGGUCUCAAUUUGGCUCCAUGAGUAAUUUGUUUUAACUCUACACAGUAACAGCAGUCAAAAACCUAAUGCAAAUACAAACUAGUGGAUUACAGAGUAAAUAUUCAUCCAUAGCAUGUACUAUUUUGGCCUUCUUUCACAUUUAUGUAAUUCUCUCAACAGAAAGUAAAUUAUAAAAGAUUAACCAAAAUGAUCCUAAAGGGAAUUUUAAAAGUAAUGAGUGUUUUUGACUGAAACUAAGCUUAUCUGUAGCAUCGUCAUUUUCACAAGUGUUAUACCACUUGUUUGUCAAUAUGUCUCUGUUUUAACUUAUUUGACUAUUUAAUUAAUUCAGAAUGAAUGAGUCAAAAUGCUGACAAACCUGAAAUACAUGUUGGAAUUGCUGUGUUGUUGCAUUUCCAGAAACAUUUUUACAACAUUGUAAAUACAUGAUAGAUGCUCUUCACUAUAUGUUGAUGUGUUAUUUUCUAUGCUUACCUUGUAAACCACUUUGAGCAACUUAGUUGUGUUUAUAUAAUGCUAUUUAAAGAUAGCAAGAAAGAAUAAUGUGAAGGUUAGCAUGAAAUACCAUUCAAAACCCAUUUAACUUCUGAUGCAUUUUUUAGGGAAACAAGAUAUUCAAGAAACGUUUGCAUAUCUGUUUAUAAUUAGAUUGAUGGCUCAGUUGGACUGAAAAGAGUUCAUGUAAACACUUCAACAGAUCUGAAUGAAAUAAUAGACAUGGCAUGUAUUAGGCAAAAAAUUAGGCAUGGAAAAGCUUGAAUUAAACUAUAUUCUCAAUCUGAGUAAAAAAUACAUUUUGCAUAUGCACAGUGAUAGGCCUACAUCAAAUGCACAUGCAACAUGCAAUGUACUGCAACAUUUAUGGUUGAUGAACAUGAUUUUUCAGAAUCUGAAAUCAGAUUGGAUUCAUUCUGAAUGCUAAAAAAUUUUAAAAAUACCAAAUGAGAAAAAAAAAAUGUCAUGCAACUUUGAUAAGUUUGUUUUGAUUUGAUCAUAAAAAGAGUAAAGACAAAGAAAAUAUUUAAUAGCAUGCAGUAAUGAAACACUUACAGUAAGAAAGCGAACGAGGCUCAUUUUGAUUUCAUGCCGACUUUUAUAAAACAUUUUAACAACAACUUUGAAAGGUUCGGUUUUAUUUCAUUGUGCGGCUCUAAACCAACAAUGACAGACCUGGAAGGCGUGUCUGAAAAAAACGCUGGAAAUUUCCACACUCGUGAAUUACAUAUUUGCAUAGCAGACAAAAGACUCUCAUGUUCCUUGGAGUCGGAGUGAAAGGCUUCAUGGGGAUUUUACAGUCUGCAGCUAUGAGGAAAUGUAUUAGGUGCUGCGAAAUACCUCAGAAACACUGACAAAAGCUCUUUGUUAUGGAGGAAACAAGGCGAAGUCACUGCAGUAAUUCAGUCACUUUGCAGUAAGGCAGUAAUUCCUGUAAUUUCUGUCAUUAUGGUGAAAGAAAAUCAGGGGAAACAACACUAGUGUUAAUCUUCCCUAAUCUUAUGGCAAGCUUUACUGACACUUGAUCCUCGAACAUGUCAAUUAUGUGAUUUAAUUAAUCUACUGUUCCUCUCAUAAAAAGUUUUUUUCUUUUAUUUUAAAAUACCUGUGUUCUUCACUUUAGUUUUUGACGAGUCAUUGUGAAUAUUACAGUAUAUUGGUUCUCUACUGUAUUUUUUUUAUGGUAAAUUAUGCUUAGUUUUUCCUGAAACAUCACCAGUUUUGCAGCACAGAUCUCGUCCACAUUUUAAAGACUGUACAGAAGGUCAGAGUCAUCGCACACUCAUAAACCGUUCACAGUGAUAAUAUAAGAAAAUGAUUAGCUAAAGGUGACAAAGGUACUCUGCUGUUGCGUGACAAGACAGGUCACCUUUCACCUGGAAAACAGAAGGGAAAGUAAAUGCAAUGCUGUUCAAAAGUUUGGGUUAAGUACGAUUUUUAAUAUAAAAAACUAAAAAAUCAUGCAUAUAUUUUAUUUAAAAAAUACAGAAAAAACUAUACAAUUGUGACAUAUUAUUGCUAUUUAAAAUAAUGGCUUUCUAUUUUAAAAUACUUUAAAAUAUAAUUUAUUUCUGUGAUGCACCGCUGUAUUUUCAUCAUCAUUACUCCAGUCUUCAGUGUCACAUGAUCUUCAGAAAUCAUGAAAAUAUGCUGAAUUAAAAACUAAUUCAGAUUCCCAGUGCUGGAAAUUUGAUGGAUGAUCUUAUUCUUCCUUCUCCCGAAAAAUACAUAAUAUGUACUUGAUAUAAUAUAUUUCAAUUAUAAAGUUGGUGAUGGUUUUAGGUCAUUGUAACUUGUUAAUCUGACUUUUUAAAUUCAGUUCUUUAACUGUCAAAGAUUUUAUUUCGCCAUCUGUCUCAUUCUGUGGUUUGGUAAUUAAUUUAAUGUCUGUUUAAUGAGCGAUAAUCAAAUAGAGCAGGUGCAUGAAGGUUGAAAUGUUAAUUUUUAUUUUACUCUUUUUUUAGACCAAUGUGUAGAAGAGAGCAGUGUUGUAAAGCAUUCAUUUGUGAUCAGUGAUUAAACAUUCACUCCUCACAGGUGUGUAGAUUACAGGUGAACGAUGAAAAUGAAAGCCCGGACGUGUAAAUGUCCUGAGGCUUUUAUGGUUUUAUAUACCUAUGUUUUAUAUAUUUAAACAAGAGGUCUUUCUGGUCCUCAAAACUCAUUGUUUGAGAGCUCUGUCCACCCAUGAGAUACAGGUGCAGAAUCUCCUUGAUCAAAAUUAACACAUCUUUUUUCAAAUUUAGUUAUUUCUGCAGAAUAUCAUUAAAAUGUUUAGUGUUAAUAGCCAAAUUCCCCAACACAUUUCAGAAAAAGAAGAUUAAUUCACUUGUCUGCCAGUUUUGAAAUUUUGGUCUCAGAUUUGCAAGUGACUUUUCUGUUUAAAGAUGCUUUCUUUUGCUUGUUUGACUACUCAAAAGAGAAAAUAAAUAUAAAAUAUAACUUUAAUAUGCAUAUAACUUUUGCAUAUGUCUUUCCUACUAGAAAAAUGUCCUGCACUAAACCUUGCUUUUAUUUAUUAAGAGUUGAUAAGAAUAGUUAGAAUCUAAUGAUUCGCAAACCCGCUCCGAAAUUACGAUUUAAAUCGAAUGAUUCACAAUUCUUUUUCCAUUUCGAUCUGAAAAAAAAAAGUACGGUGUACCAUCAUUUUAGAAAUUAUUCGCGAACCCUCUCCGAAGUUCCGAUGUGAAUCAAAAGAUCAAACACGCUACAACGUUACAAUCAAAUAAUUGGCGAACCUUCUCCGAAAUCCCCAUCUAAAUCAAAUAAUUUGCGAUAUGCGCUGGAGUUUCGAAAAGCUCCCUUUCAACUAUCACUAUGUGCUUUUAAAAAUCAACAAAUGUGAUUAAAAUGUGACAAUUAGAAAAUUUGCUUCAAAGUUUUCAGAGAUGU